AUGGAGUCGGUCGGAAAGCAAUUUCAAUACUUCAUAGAUCCGUAUGCUGCUGGAAGUAAAGCGUACGUGUGCGCGGUCGAUAUACCACCUCACAUCGUUGAAUUUGUGAACAACUUCAUGACUGCCAAAAAAAUUAGCGGUAGCAAUAUUCAUAAGAACGCUACGGCAAAGGAUAUAUGUCAUUUCAUGAGUACUGCUCUCCGCCGAUAUCAUGCCACUCCAUUAUGGCCGAUGGAUGCUGAGGUAUCUGCAGUCAGAUUGCCAACGGACUCUGCUAACAACACCUCGUCGUAUACAGGGCCUAAGGAUAAGGCUCCUUCGAGCUCUUUCAGCGAAACCACAUCAUAUGGCGGUGGACCUACUACGGACAGCAGGCAAUCUGCGAUAGACGCUGAAAAGAUACAAACUGAAUGUAUCGUCUGUGGAGAUCAAUUUGCUGCUCAAGGAUUCAGGAUAUCUUCUUCAUCGAGAAUUCAGAACGCGAUCUUCAUAACGGGCUUAAUAGCAUGUGGAUGUUCCAUGAAGUUGCCUGUAAAAGCUCUUUAUAGCAGUUGCAAUGCAAGCAGGAAAAAUAUAUGCCAUCGUCACUAUGCUGAGGCAGCACAAUAUAUAGCUGCUGAAAUGAAGUCUGCUGGAAUGCCCUUACCAAAUUUUGAAGAUUUGCGAGGUUUGAAGAGUUGGGCGUAUAUGACCUCAUAUGGUAUACCGCCUCAUAUCGUAGGCUUCGUGAACGAUUUCCUGCGCGGUAUGCAAGCUGGCUGUAUUGCUACUGAAAGAGAUAUUUGUCAGUUC